CUUGCUAUCAGCAAGCAUGCUGAAACAGAUACUGUCAGACAUGUUCAUAGACCCUGACCUGCUGGCAGAGCUCAGCGAAGAGCAGAAGCAGAUCUUGUUUUACAAGAUGAGGGAGGAACAGAUCCGACGAUGGAAAGAAAGAGAAGCAGCCAUGGAAAGAAAGGAGUGCUUGCCAGUGAAAUCCAGACCAAAGAAAGAGAAUGGCAAAUCUGUCCAUUGGAAGCUGGGCGCUGAUAAGAAGGUGUGGGUUUGGGUGAUGGGCGAACACCAUCUAGACAAGCCCUAUGAUGUGCUCUGCGAUGAGAUCCUUGCUGAGAGGGCCCGUCUGAGAGCAGCGCAGGACUCGGAGCUCAGGAAAGCACAGUCUGCAGAAAUCACCAAUAGCUUGAGAACAAAGUCACAGAACUGUGCUCAGCCAGAACUACAGAAGCUGGAGCCUCAGAAUGUCACCAGGAAAGCAACUGCAGAGCAGACAUCAGGGCAAGGACCCAGAACAAUACCAACCAAGAGUGAAAACAGAGCCCACACUAAAGAACCCAUAAAGAAAAAAGAAGAGGAGGAAAUAAAGCAAACAGAGGAUGAGAAAACCAAGCAGAUAUACAAGAGCUGGAAAGAGGAUUCCGAGUGGCAGGCAUCGUUGCGAAAAUCCAAGGCAGCUGAUGAGAAGAGACGCUCCUUAGCUAAGCAAGCACGGGAAGACUACAAGAGGCUUUCCCAAAGGGGAAGGAGCGGAGAGGGGAUGCAGAACCCCCUGGCUGGUCCACAGAAGCCCAGAAGACCCCCUCUUCCCCCGAAGCCCCAGUUUUUCCACCCACUAGGAAACUCUCCACAGUCUUUAGGGAAUCAGGGAGUGACAAGGACAGAGUCCAGCUCCACCCAGGAGGACAUCAUCCGAUGGUUCAAAGAGGAACAACUGCCAUUCCGUGCAGGUUACCAGAAAAACUCAGACACCAUUGCUCCCUGGUUCCAUGGGAUUCUCACUCUGAAGAAGGCAAACGAACUUCUGAGCAGCGCGGGCACACCAGGCAGUUUUCUCAUCCGGGUCAGUGAAAAGAUCAAGGGCUAUGCCCUGUCCUAUCUGUCGGAGGAGGGCUGCAAACACUUCCUCAUAGAUGCAUCCGCUGACUCCUACAGCUUCCUGGGUGUGGACCAGCUGCAGCACGCCACCCUGGCAGAUUUGGUGGAAUACCACAAGGAAGAGCCCAUAACCUCUCUGGGGAAGGAACUCCUGAGGUACCCCUGUGGUCAACAAGACAAGCUGCCCGACUACCUCGAGCUCUUUGAGUGACAGCUCUCAUCCGGAUCAGCCUCCAGCCAGUUGGUCCUCUGGACAGAAACCUCUGAGGUGGACUUCGCAUGUGAUGCCAAAACCAUUCUGUGACAGAGCCAACAGUGAACGAUGUCUGUGGGGUCUUACCUGAAACCUCUGUUCUGCAUAAAUGCUGGAGAUCUAUUCAAGGGACGAUGACCUCUCCCACAUCCUCAUUCUGGAAGGAAAAGGGAGAAGUGUACCCAUUUCAACAACAUCCUAAUCUGAAGGACGGGACCUUGAAGGACAGGGCUAUAAUGGUGUAUAAAAGAUAAAUAACAGGGUAAAUUAAGGUGUUACUCUAAAAAAAAUCAAAACAAUAGCAACAAUAGAAAAUGAGCAAGCCAUUUUGUGAACUACAGGCUUCCUUUUGGUAUUUAGUCAAAGGUCUCAGUCUCUUGCUUAUAGCUUGGCUUUAAAAUGCUGGGUAAAAAUGUUCCCACUCAGGGCUGAGAUUCUCCUCAAAAGAUAACCUUUUCUGUGUGUUGUUGGAACCAGGAUUUAGCAGACAGAAAAGCAAGUCCCAACUGUGAAUUGAAGGAGAAGUUUUAACACCUGGGACAAACAAGAGACUUACCAUGUGCAACAAACAAACAAACAAAACCCAAUCAAUCAACCAAACAAAUGAAAAAAAAAAAAAACAAACCACACACAGUAGUAGUAGGGAACUGGGGCAUCUUAUAGCUUGUUCAUCAUUGCUCUGCCUCCCUCAGCUCUAUCUGUGAGCAGAUACUAAAGAUGAUGUGUAUGGCCAUGUAAGGACUCCUGUGCUCAUGGUACAAAGAGAAGAACAGAGUGAGUGGUUUGAUGGCACCUACUGAGAGUUGAAUCGUGACCUACACCAAAAGUAUGUGAGUCCUGACCUCCCUGUACACGGGUGUGACCUGAUGUAGAAACAGGGUCUCUACAGACUAGAUAAGUAGGGUAGGCCCUGACCCUCAUGACUGACAUCUACACAAGGAAGAGAGGUUUAGAAAAUGACACAUGGAAAGAUGAAGGCUAAAGGACCAUAGACACAGAGAGUGAAUGACGUAACUGAGAUCAGGGGAUGCCAGUAAUUGUGGAAGAUGACAGGACCCAGGGCUCCAUUCUCCCUGAAACUCUAGAAGAGACACAGCCUUGUUCAGACUUGUUUGUACCACUGUUUCAGCAUUCUAGGCUUUAGAACUGUGAGGUAAUAACCGUCAAAGUCACUGAAGAGCUGGUGGCUUUACAACACUCUCAGAAAGCUAGUGCAAGAGCUUACAUAGCCCAGGCCCUACACGUGUUCCAUGGCCUUGAUUCUUGUCACAGCCUUCACCGUCACUGUGAAAUGAAACUUGGGUAUGGGAGGAACAUUCCAAGCAAUGCUGUCCAGCCCUGGGCACAGAUUUAUUGAGCCAGAAAUCUCCUGCCCUGCAUUAUCCUGAAAUCAAAUCCCCAGUCAUUCUCAGCUCAGAUGGAUGACAUGGGGCCAACCUCUGGUGGAUGGUGACCAAGGAGGCUACAAGGCAUUCAGUGCCACUUUUCUCAGAGGAAGGAACUUUGCUAAGCCCGCCUGUGCCCGCUUCCUCUCACUGGCCUCUUACCCGAAGUAGAAGGGCGCUGCAGGCGUCCCUUGUAUGCGUCAUUCAGAUACACAAUGUACCAACAUCGAGGCUGGCGUGCACCAGCAAGGAAACUGAAAUUCAGAUCAUUGUCUGCUAUUUCUUGAAAUAGUUCACGUGGUAUAUAUUAUUAAAUUUUUGUAAGAUCUGCCUUUUAACUUUGUUUCCAAGACUCAGCGGUCAUGGCAUUACUAAGAAUCUUUGUUCUCUUCUCAUUUCUUCCCACUGUUUUCCUGGUUAUCUUGAAUGGCCUCUUUACCU